UGGAAUGCCAACUCCCAACGGCAAAAGUGUCAUAACAAAAAUUUUCUAAUUACAAACUGACUCCUGCUUGUUGCGUUACCAUUUUGCUGUAGUUCAUUUUGUAUUUUAUCCUGUUUUCUGUAUUGUGAGAUACUCUAGUAAGCACGUCGAGUCGAGCUUUUAGUUUCUUUGGCAUACUGUCGGGAUUCUGCACUCAGUUGUACAGUGUAAUUAAUUAUAAUAAUACCGCUAUUUCGUGAUAUUUUUGUGAUUUUGGUCACAAUGCCUAAACGAUGUGCGUUUGGUUGUUCACCUAAUGAUGCCAGCCUUGAUUCAUUCCCAAACCCUAAAAGAUUCCAUCAGCAAUUGAAUUCUUGGGUUAAUCUUACUGGUGAUUUUGGAUUGACUAAUGAAGAGAUUUUCAGAGAUCAUAAUGGCAAUAACCGCUUAAAUGCUUUAGCCAUUCCAUCUCUUUAUUUGAAUGGCUUUCAUGGAAAACUUCCUUACCCUAGUGAAAUGGUCAGUCAGAAAAUGGAACUGAACACCCAAUCAGACACAGUUGCCUGUGGCUCAGCAUCUACUUCUGCUGUAACCACUCAACAGAAUGUUAAGCACAACAUGAAAAGAUCAUCAAAAAGGCAUUCAGAAUAUGCUGCUAUAAUGCUGGACCAUGGUUAUUGCAAGAAAAGAUCUUCAAAAGCUUCGGAAAGAAGGGCGCCGUCCAAAUUGACAGUAAAUAGUUAUAGCACUUACAAACUAAACCUCAAUAGAAGGAUUUUUAAGGUUGUUGCAUGUGGAGGUAUAAUAGCGUUACGGUUCAGGAUUAUCUAUCGGCGGUGUGUGGUGAGUACUGCUUGGUAUAUGUAUACUACAAGUUCAAGGGGAUGAGAUCAGAAGACUUCCUUAGAAAUUUUACAUGUGACUCACUGAAUAAUGAUGUGCGAGUAAAUUUGUAUAGAAAACAAAUUCGUAACUUGAGAAGAGAAAUCUACAGACUGCGAAAAAGUAUUCAUUCAUUUAAGGCGCGGCUUGCAAAAGCCGAGAAACUGGAUGCCAACACUACUUUUCAAAAAGUAGUUAAAGGUAUGACAUAUAUAUCUCAACCCAAAUUGAUUACCGCCAUACAGAUACAAACGGCGAAAAAACAAAAGGAUCGUCGUUUUUGUUUGUAAGAAAAAGUUUUGUCCUUGUCUUUGUACAAGAGGAGUCCCAAGUGUUAUGCCUUGAUGGCAAAAUAUUUUACAUUGCCAUCAGCAAAAUGUUUAAAACGAUUAAUUUCUGAAAUAAAACUAAAGGGCAUCAAUGAAAAAUUGAAAAAAGUUGUGCAUGAUUUGCCUCGCGAAGAUAAACUGUGCACGUAAAUCUUUGAUGAGAUGUCACUUAAGCCGCAAGUGCAUUACGAUGCGAGUAAUAAUACAGGAAGUUAUCAAAAAUGUGCAAGCAACUGGCUUGACCGUUUUAUGUACUGUGUGUGACCAGAGCACAAUAAAUGUGAGUGUCAUUAAUGAGCUUGUGACCGACACAAGAGUAUAUUAUCUCAGAAAAGGAAACGAGACCAAAGUUAACUUCUUUGAAGCGAACAAACGAAAAAUUAUUCCCAUUUAUGAUGUUCCACAUUUAUUAAAAGGGCUGAGGAAUAACCUUCUUACCAGAAACGCAUUAAAUGCGAAUACAUUGAACUACCGUAUGCUGCCGAUAAUCAUUUGGAGAACUCCGAUGCCAACAGAAAUAACCAUAGGAACAUGUUAAUAUAACAAAAAUAAAAAAAUGCGCGUGAAAACAGCGGCGCAAAUAUUCAGCCACAGCGUAGCUGUUGCGACGGAGCAUUUGGCAGCCUUAGGAGUACUACCGCAGGCGUGCCGACAAAUAAUUCCGUUCUUCCUUAUAAUCACUCGAACUUUCAAAAAGUGUCAAAUUUAUAGCUAAAAAAAAGAAGGAAAUAAAAUACGCGUCGAUGAAUUCGUUGUACCAUAAAAAAAAUUCAUUAAAACGAUGGAAGGUAUGCAAGAGCUAUGGAAAAUUUUGUCCCAAAAAUAUUCUUUUGAAUUCAUGCUUAUGAGGAAUUUCAACCAGGAUCCAGUCGUAAAUUUCUUCAGGAACAUCAGGAGCUUUGGGGCGAGGAAUAUUUCUCCUAACACAGUAAAUUUUGAAGAAACAGUCAAAGCCUUGUUGCUUUAUAAUUAGAACACGCCCGAUUCAGUGCAAUCCAAUUGUGAAGAAGAUAAAAACGAUUGCCUGCAAACUUUACUCUUUUCUCAAUGAAAAUCAACUGAUAGACGCUGGCGUUCCCAAAGAAAGUAAAAUUCCAUUUAGGCAGGAAUUCAUACACGACGCCAAUGAAGGUCAAUGUAAUUUAGGACAGGGGCUAUACGUUUGCGGCUGGGUCCUGUCAAAGUGUUUGAAAUUUAUCAUUAAAAGUUGCAAAACAUGCAAAAAAGAUGUGUGCCCUACAUCAAAAUGAAACAAACAACAGCUACAUAUGAUCAAAAGAAUAUUUAAAAAAUAAGAAGUGGUUAAAUUAUCCAUCACU